AUGAAGACUACACUGCUAUUUGCACACCUCGUUUUCAUAGCUUUCCUUUUUCCCGGUUUUCCAGGAUUAGGCCGUGCAGCCACUGGGUCGAGUCUUUCAACUCAUGGAGCCCUUCAUACGGAAAAACUGUCUCAUCUCCCGUCGGCUUCUACCGGAUUGCGAGCGCAUUCAGAUAAGGCGAAAAUAGGCGAUAAGGAAGGUAGCGGCGAGCCGUGCGCCUUCGGCAGUUCGUGUUUGUCGUCCUUUUCCACAAACAGUAGGGAUCUCCCUCCAUCCCGUGAAGCGUCGUCGAACCCGCAAGACGACUUCGUCUCCUCGGGUCGCAGAGGAGAAACAGACAUCGGCACUUCUCGCCGCUUGGGCGAUCCGAAGCGCUGCGCCGUCAGCGGUGCCUCAACAUCUCGAGGGUGUGACGCAGUUCUGGCGUCUGUGCAGAUUGGUGGGCAGUCCUCAGAUGUAGAUACACCUGCGGAUGUGAACCCGAUCGGGGUAUUUGAUGAAGCAGAUAGGAACCAGGACGGCUUGAUCGACCUUCCCGAAGCCCUUGGCGUGGUCAAUGCUCUCAUGGAAGAAAUGUCUUCACCUGAGGACGACUUCUUCGCCACGUUGCCGCAGGAGUGGUUGUCGACGGCGUCUUUCGAGGACCGUGAAUUUGUUGCGGAGCUCAUCCGACAUUUUGAUGAAGAUAAUGACGGCGUUCUUCGUGUCGGCGAGUUCUCCGCGUUUCUGUUGACGUUCUACUCCCCUAAAAGCGUCGGACAGAUGGCGCUGAUGUUGCUGUGCGUGAAGCAUCGGGAAGCUCGGGAAGAGAAUUUGUGGGGGCCGAGCCUGUUGGCGACUUUGUUCCCCCAGGGGGCUAGGAACGGCUCAUCGGUGGUGCACAAGCCUGGACACCUGACCUUCGAAGAGGCUAAGGUGGCAGUGCAUACGGUCCAGCAGCAGCAGCUCGGCGAGGCGGAGCAAGAGACUACACAGUACUUAGACCAGCUUGAACAGCUGGAGCGCGAGCGCGGACCCUCCCCCUCCAUUGACGAAGCCAGGGCGAGGAAGAUAAGAGAGUUCCAUGCAUACCAUGCACUCGUGAAGAAAGGCCAGCGAACCCGGGUGUCUUUGGCUGAUAAGGACGGCGACGGUGUGUACGACCUGUUGGAGCUGCUUCGUCUACUCGACGCGGAGGUUCAGCACAUGGGUGCGUGCAUGGUGUUUGCUUCGUUUGAUGUUAACGGAGACAGCCGGCUUUCUAUGGAGGAAGCGCGGGCUGUCGCAGAGGAAGCGACUUCCUGGGCGGUGCUCGAUGACAAUGGGAAACCACUCAUGUCCGGAAAGGGACUACCUACGUCCGGCGAGAAAGCCCGGUACUACAGAGAGGAUCGGGAGGCCACGCCACAGGAGAAAAAAGAGCAAGUUUGUACUUUCUGCUGGGUAUUAGAUGCGAACAAAGAUCGGUACGUCACGUUCGACGAAUUCGCAUACUUCAUGCAUAACGAAGAUCUCGUUGCUGCAGGGCUUCAUGCGAUGCUGAGGCGCAACACAGAUGUUGUUCAGUUCUAA